AAAAAAAAAGAAACAGGUUUUAUUUGCACAGUGUCUCGCUGUGUUCCGCCGGCCAUACACACGAGUCAAAAAUGUCGGUGAAAUGACAAUAACAAUUAGGUAGAAGCUGGAUGCACGGAUAGAUCAAACUAAUAAUGUAUAUUAACCAGCCUUUAAAACAUGGCCAGGACACGUUAUAUGGCAUCAAUCGGAAUAUAUCUAGAAGAAGAAAACGUGAAUGAAAUAAGAAAUGAAGCCUGGAAAAAGAAAAACUCAGAUUGGUUUAGUGUUGAAACAAUUUAAGAAGUCUAGGUGCAUUGCCGUGAGCUUCUUGCUAGGAACAUUGGCACUCACGUUGUACAACUUUUCGUCCUUCGGUUCGAUGGUUUCACGACAGUUUUGGCCAGAGAUAGGGAAAGUUGUUGUUUCUGAGCAAAGUCAUCAGGUUCUGGUGAACCUUAGCAGGACAAUACAUCGGUCAUCCGAUGACCUAGUCAAACCGCCUGGGGAUGUACGUUUUCAGCGACUAAAUAUUCACGACCUGUGGCUCUUCUCAGCCUUUUACGACAAGAUCAGCAACAAAAAUCUAGUCCGAAUAUUCGGCCUGCAGGACACUGAGUUGAAUGAUCCAGUCAUGUGUUACCUAAUAGAGGCCAACGAGACUUACAGGAUAUACGGCACUCGGCAACUCUUAGUGGAUUACCAUGGAAACAGACUUCGAGUUGUCAGCUUUGAGUGUGAAAUAAAUCCCACAAGUAAACCUAAUUUCGUGUCCCUGACCUUCACCAGCGAAAACACUUUACCUACGAAUAGCCUUGAGGUCCUCUAUUCCUUGCCCUCACAGAGAAACUUCACAGUCUGUUACGCUGCGUUGUUCAACUUCACUAAUUACCGACAAAUCAUUCAGAAUGUUGAGUUCAACAGAGUUCUCGGAGCUGAGCAUUUCUUCGUCUAUAACAUGAGCAUUUCAAGCGCAACAGACAUCGUACUAAGACAUUACCAGAAGAGGGGGCUAAUGACCGUCAUUCAAUGGCCGCUUCCAGCAUCAGAAAUACAUUAUAAUGGUCAGGUAUUGGCUAUCAAUGACUGCGUCUAUCGUAACAAGGGAAUAUCAAAGUAUGUUGUGAUCCAAGACACUGAUGAGUUUAUUAUUCCCAAUCAUCACGACACCUGGGGAGACCUAAUCCAUGAAAUAAAUCAAGAUUACGAUCUAAAAAACAAUUGUUCUACAAGCCACGAACAAAUAGGGACAUAUAUAGUAGAAAGCACAUUUUUCCAAGAAAUGCCAACCAGGGAAGAGUUCUCAGAAAUCAAACAACACUAUUUCAUCAGCGAUAGAGACGAAACGAUGUUUCAAAGGUGUUCUCUUACCGUCUUCACAAAUCUAGUACGUAUGAAUCAGACGUUCGGCGAUGCCAGGCAGAAGUCAAUAGUUAGACCAGAGAUGGUCUUGUUCCCUGACGUUCAUACCACCAUAGUACAUCGACCAUCGGCCACAGACGUGUUGGUCAAUGAGAGCCUGGCCUUGGUCCACCAUCAACGAUUUUAUUCGGCCUCUGGGAGUAUACUGGACACUUCAUCGCUAAGAUUUAAGGACGCAGUAAUCCCAUUAGUACGACGAACGUUGUAUAGUUUAUCGAAGCAAGGAUUACAAUUCUAGAACUGAGUGAAGCUUCCGAAAAUUACAUUAAAAAAAUAAUCAUCUUUCAGACCUUGCGAUCUAUAGAGCAGUUGAUCCAUCUCUGUGGCCUACGGUUAACGAGGGUUUCAUGUGGCCAGAACUACGACCAACCGCCUUUACUUUUCCCCAACUAGUGUCAAGUACCCAUUAGAGCUGGGUGGACUCAAUGGUGCACAUAGAUCCCGAAAUUAAAAAUCCAAGUCUUCAUUAGGAUUCGAGCCCGGGACCACGGUUCGGAAGCCAAGCGCUUUACCGUUCAGCCACAUAUACAUGUUUGUAUGUAUGUAUGUAUCAGGGGCGUACUGGCUAUAUGGGCAUCUGGGCAAAUGCCCAGUGGGCCGGUAGGGCCACCGAAAUGGCCUGAUCGAAGCCACUAUGGCACAUAUCAAAUUGUUAAAGGUUUUAUAAUAUUCUAAUUAUAUUCUUAUUAUUAUUUGUAUAAAAGGCCCUCUGAGCGUCAUGUUUAAACUAAAAAUCUUUCACAAACAUUACAGUGUAAUACUAUUUUAUUCUAACACAUUCUCCGAAAAUAAAAUGUAGAAUGUAGACAGUGCUACUAGUAGGCUUCUUCCUUUUAGGGCCUACAUAAUUGCUGAUUUCAAAAAGACGCUAUAUUGCUUAUAAAGAUAUAGAAUUCACUGUAUGAAUGCAUAUCGAUAUAUUAUCAAACGUAACAAUGAUUUUGAGGAUCGGUACACCUAGAAAUGGAUGUCCAUCACAUGAUACAGAAUUUGUGUGCCUGAUUUUAUAGAAAUCCCCUGGAUGAUUUUGACACCCAGUCCGCCCCAGGUAUGUAUGUAUGUAUGUAUGUAUGUAUGUAUGUAUGUAUGUAUGUAUGUAAGUAAGUAUAUGUGUAUGUGCAGGGGCGGACUGGGUAUCAAAAUCGGCCCGGGCAUUACCAUAUAAACCGGCCCACAAAUGGCAUGUCAUAUAUUUUCUGGGGGGAGGGGGAGUUUUACCCCACUCCGAAAUUUAUAUAUAUAUAUAUAUAUAUAUAUUUGUGUGUGUGUAUAUGUAAUUAAUCUUCAUUACAUUCUGAUCUAAAAUUCUUUCAAAAAUUUUUUUCUACCCUCGAAUACUCUCUUCCUAUCAUCAGUGGAAUGACAGUACACACCGCCAAAGGGCAGCUAGGGAGUCCGGGGGAGCGCUGAGAGCUCUCCUCUGUGGGAUCCGGGGCGAAGCCCCGGAACCAAGCAUUAUUUCCGUUAUUUUAAGCUUUAAAAAUGCAUAUUCUGAGGUAUCUACUGUGCAAUUAGCCUGCUACUCUUCCGCUUAAAAAAUUCAAAAACCAAAUCUGCUAUUCACUGGAGCCCAGCGACUGGUAGAAAAUGGUAAAAUUCUUUAGUUUUUGUAUUGGAGGGGGAAGGGAAACCACAAAACCCCUUUUGGCUACGCUCAUGAAGUUUGCAAACUAUAGUUUUCUGCACUGGGCAGUAAGUAAAGUUUCCCUUUCAAUGAGGUCUGAGGCAAGUGAUGGUUUGAGGACCCUUCCAUCCCGGCUACGCCCAUGUGUUACAUUUUAGGUUAAUACCUAAUUCUCUACAAAAUAUAUAAAGUUUGAUAACGCAUCGAAACAUGGAUGUAUGCAUUCGUAGGAUUACAUAAUGUAUUCUAUUUAUACAUGUAUGUAGUCUGAAAACUAUAAACAAUACUAUAGCAGCCUAAUGGGUUUGAAGCUUUUUGGUAUUAUAGAUUACAGACGUUUCUUUCAAAAAUAAGAUUGUUACGUCUUACGCAUUUCAUGUGUCAAUCUAGUCAUGCAUGUUGAUCUGUGACUUAAAAUAUGCUAAAUCAUUAGUUUUCCUGGCUGACUCAGGCAACCCAUUCCAUUAAAAGAUAAGAGAAAGCAGAACGGUUAGAGAGGCACUUACUUAAUUUGAAAAGCUCUUGCUUCCUCCUAUUACAUUCUCAAAAACGCGAUUUGUACAUGAAUAUACCAUGACCCAUUAUUUAAAAUAUAAAUCUCCUUUCACUAAAUAUCGGAUGUGACAGCGCUAUAUAAAUUAUUGUAAUAAUUUUCAUCAUUAAUGACUUCAUACUAAGCAUAAGUUUGCGAUUUAUUAUAAUAGUAUAAAAAUUGAUUUAGAUCUAUUUUUUAAUUAAAUAAUAUUUUUUUAAGCCUUAAGUGUAGUAUUUUUAGAUCUAUGUUAUUAAAAAUAAACAAAAAGAAACUUACUUUUUCUUUUCAAAUCGCAGAAAGUAGAGCUUUAUACCCAUAUUGAGCUGUGAAUAAGUUGGGUGGUUUGCAAUUUCGCGGCUGUGUGUAUGUGUUAAAGUUAAUUUCUAUGAAGUAUUGUUAGAGAGCUAAUUGUCGCGCCUUAUAUCAAUGUUUUCUAACUUAACCUCUCUCGUCCCUCUUUUUGGUUAAAUUUCAUUGGAACCAUUAAAAGACGGGGGAGGAAAGGAGCAAAAAACAAAAUGGGAGUGCCAUCAAAGGCCUAUGCCGACCAGCAAAAUGAUUAGGCCAAACACAACCUCGAAGACAUCAAAGCAGUCCAUGCCGCUCGUGCAUUGCAGAAAGUACGGUCUAACGUUUUGCAAAUGAUAAUACGUACAGCGUAAAGUGUAUUUCUUUGUUAUAUUAUUGUUGAAUUUCAAACAAAAUUAAUUGUAAUAAGAAUAAACGUGUUCGGGCCUUUGUGUCUUGCUGCUGUGACUUUUUUUUUGCAUUGAUUUUUUUUUCUUAGGUCGCGACCAGACCGGCCCAUUUUGUACCGGCCCACCGGGCAUUUGCCCGUUUGCCCAUAUAGCCAGUCCGCCCCUGUGUAUGUGUGUGUGUGUGUGGAGAGAGGAAUGGGGAGGGAGAUCAACAAUUAUAUUAUACAUAAGUGACACCAGUCUUUCAAUUUGACUAUUUGUUUAGAAAAUUAGAUUGUUUAGACCUAAACAAUUAGCGCACUAGUAUCUAUUUUACUGUUAUGAUUGUAACGGCUAUAUUCUAAUGACUAUAUUUGUUUGAUGUUAUGUAAUUAUGUUCAUCUUAAGUAUUGCAUGGUUGUAUGAAACAUAUUUGUCCCCUGGGAUUGAUAAUGCGUUGACGUAGUGAAGAUACAAAUAUAUUUACUUUCUGAUACAAGAUUUUUUAUCGGAAGAUAUUAUUUCUGUUGUAAAUCAAAUUAAUUUUACAUAUUAUAAUUGCAUACUAUAUAUUUGUAAUGAGCAUAAUAAUAGAGUGGAAGACCAUGUCUGCUUAGUAUGGCUGUAAUACACUGAAUGACUACACACCUCUAACAUUUCGUGAACAGAUUCUUACGGACGAGUUACAAGCACAUGUAAACACAUGAAUGACAACCGCUACAGUAUAUAAUUUUCAUAACAAUAUUACAUACAAUUAUUUUCUUUUUAUUAACUUUACAUACAAUAUUAACGAUUGCCUGUUUGCACUUUAAUGGAAACUGUGACUAUAAUGUAGUAACUGGAACUUGUAGUAACUGUAACUUGUAGUAACUGUAACCUGUCACAAGUGCAACUUUGCUAUGCAAAGUUUCCCUAUCAAAACAUACUGUCUAUAGGGCAGAUGAUGUAAAGGUCAUCUGUUUCUGUAGCCCACAGUUAACGAGCCUACUUUUCCCCAACUAAUGUCAGGUAUCCGUUUGAGCUGGGUGGACACAGAGGCGCCCAAAGAUCCAGAAAUUAAAAUUCCCAGGAUUCGAACCCGGGACACCCGAUUCGGAAGCCGAUUGCUUUGUCACACAUCCUUCUCGUCAUGACUGUAACUAAAUCCAUGAAGUUACUUUUUGUAUUAUAUAAUGAAUAAUGUCAAUGUCAGUUUUGUUGCCAACUCCGAGUCCUGAUUAAAUAUUAUGGUUUACAACCAUGCACAACC